GGCUGUAAAACUUUCCGAGCAAAUAGUGUCACUGUACGAGACGAAUUACAACGUAAUUAGUGAUUUUCAUCACACCAGAUAUGGCUAGUCGGAUUUCAAGUGCAAGCUAUCCAUUCAGGAAGAACUUUACCUUGCCUGACAAGGACAUGGUGAGAUGGUUCCCCGGUCACAUGCAGAAAGGUGUUUUACAAGUUCAGCACAUGUUGAAAAAUAUUGACUGUGUUGUUGAGGUUCAUGAUGCCAGAAUACCAUUCUCUGGACGAAAUCCUCGUUUUAACGAUAUCAUAUCUCUCCGUCCUCAUGUCCUUGUUUACAACAAGAAAGACUUGUGUGAUCUUGGCAACAAACAACGUAUACUUUCCAAGUUAAACUCCGAGGGAGUUGAUAAUGUUAUGUUCACUCAAAGCACUGUUACCACUAAAAACAGUUUUGUAUCGAAAGAGCUAUUUUCAAUGGUGACUAAAGCCAUCGAGGCGAGACCCAGGUUUCAUAGAGAGGAAGUGAAUGAGUUCAACUUGCUUGUUUUAGGAGUUCCAAAUAUAGGAAAAUCUACAUUUCUAAAUUACAUGAGGAGAUUGAACACCACCCACCAGAAAAAGGCUGCCUUAGUUGGAGCUAAAGCCGGCGUCACAAAGUCGAUAGGACAUAGAGUCAGGGUGAACUUUGACCCACCAAUAUUUCUAAUUGAUACGCCCGGAAUCCUGACCCCAACUGUACCAAACAUACAUGUUGGAAUGAAGCUGGCAUUGUGUGGCUGUAUGCCGGACCAUUAUGUAGGGGAAGAGUACAUUGUAGACUAUAUGCUAUACUGGAUGAAUAAACAACAAAAGUUUUAUUAUGUUAAGUAUUUUGAACUGCAGGAACCAAUAGAUGAUGUGAUGCCAUUUUUAAAACAUGUGGCUCUGAAAAAAAAAUUAAUUAAAAAGAUCAAAUCUACUGAAACACGUCAGCUUGUGCACAUACCAGACUUUAGUGCUGCAGCUGACAUUGUGUUAAAGUUGUUUCGCAAGGGUGAACUAGGAAAAUUUAUGUUGGACGAUGACCUUCUUUGAUACGAACAUGAUAUGUCGGAUUUGUUGUGCAUAGUUAUUAUCUUAAAUGUCAAAUGGUCAACCCUGUGUUAGUGUAUAUGGUACACAGCUAUGGGUGUUAGAUAUGCAUGGCACAGAGAGAAAAUUGCUUUCAUUAUCUGCUAUGAAUCAUCAGACACACAGGAUUAAUUUGCAUUGUUUUGUGACUCAUUAAAAAGGAAUCUGUUUACAUAUUCUCAUUGUUAUGUAAGUAAGAAAAAUAAUGUUUUAAAUUUUAUGGAACAUGUAUAAAAAUUCUUGCAAUAUGUCCCUAAUUUGAAAAAAUUGUCAAAGGUGUGUAAAUUGUGAAAUAAAAUGACUUUAAAAUGUUAUCAAAAUGAUCAAUUAUGUCAUUUGACGUGCCAGCACUAGUACAAAUUGUACUUUUCAAAGUUAAUAAAAUUUUAGGUCGGGGUACAGGUAUAUCAUAUCAUGAUUUUUCUAUAGCUUGUUAAGAAGAGAUUCCUCAGAUGACUUAAUUAAUAUGACAUUCAUGUUAACAUACCUGCCAAGCCUCGAGAUUUGGACUGGAGUCUGCGGUUAAUUUCAGCAAUUCAUAGUUUUAAUUUUUUGGCCUCAAACUGAAUAUUUUUAAAGAGAAAUGUAUUACUGUAUGAUGUGAAGUAUAUGAGGUUGUAAUAGAUGUUCAAGCACAAAUUUCAUUUAAGUAAUGUCACCACCAAUAUCUUGUUUGUGAAAGACAAUUUUCAGGUUAUGAUUUCUUGACAGGUAUAUGUAUGAGUUUAUCAUAUUUUUCUUACUACUGAAGGUUCAACUGUUCAAUCACCAUUCAUUGUGGCAUGUCCAUCUGUUUGUAAACAUUCAUUGUUGUCACUAUCUCUUGAGAAGUUGAGAAGUACUUGCAGGUCGUAAGUUGCCCUCUGUCCCUAGUUAUGCUCUUUUACUUUUGUGUCUCAUCAGUGUAACAAAAUGGCAGACAUGCGACCAUUGUGGAUUUUGACAGAUGAAGUUUAUUAAAGCUUUUUUAGGUCGUAUGACCCAAACGGUCAAGAUGACCUAUUGCUAUCGUGCAUCGUCCGUUGUUGUGCACUGUCAGUUGUUGUUUGCUGUCGGUAAAUGUUUCCUUUAAAACACAACUCCUGCUUAAGACCUUGGUUGAUAUCAACCAAAUUUGGUCUGAAAUAUCAUUUGGAGUAGGGGAUUAUUUAUCAAAUUCAAAAAUUUAAUUUGACCCUGAGGGAUUUGGGGGUUGGGGCCCCAAAAUGGGAAAUUAGAGAAUAUUUUGCUUCAAAUGCACCUCCUUCUUAAUAUCUGAAUAGAUUUCAACCAAAUUUGGUAUGAAACAUUAUUGUAUGUGGUUAUCAUUUCUUAAAUUUAGAAAGUUUGAUAAAUCAACGCUUAGGGCCUUAGAAGUGAGGCCCAAAAAGGGGAAAUUAAACAGUUUUUUGCUUCAAAAUGCUGCUCUUUACUAAUGCUUGAACGGAUUUUGACCAAAUUUGGUCUGAAACAUCAUUAAAAUUUGGAAAACAUUUCUUAAAUUCAGAAAGUUGAUUUGACCCCUAUGGACCAAAUUUGAAAAUGAGUUGAUGAUUUUGCUUCAAAACGCUACUCUUCCUUAAAGCUUUAUGGAUUUAAACCAAAUGGGGUACAAAACAUCAUUAUGGGUGGAGAAUCAUUCCUUAAAUUCAGAAAAAAGUAAUUUAACAGUAGGGGCGGGACUCCAAUAGGGGGAAACUAGACAAUAUUGUGCCUCAAAACUCUACAACUUAAUGCUUAGGUAGAUUCAACCAAAUUUAGCCCAAAACAUUAACAUGGAGUGGCAAUGAUAUCAAACAUACAUGAAGUGAUCCUGAGAUUGUUCUGACAAAAUCUUACCUUUACGCUUUGGUCCAAAAUUAAACGUAUCUCAUCUAGAACAAAUUCUUUUCAUGUUCCAUUCAUACCACUCAGAAAAAAAUAUCUGGAGUUUGAUAUUUUUAAGAAAAGAAAGAGAUGACUUGUUGUUUUUCUGUCUGAUCAAAACUUCAACAUAGUAACCACAGAAGUCAUUUUGUUAUAUGAUUGUGCAACUAUUUUUCAUGAACAGAACCUACCAUUAUGAGUUUCUGCUACGUUCAAGGAAUGUUCAAAAUAAAAAUUAUCAGAUUUGUCAGACCACCA